AUGUCGACGCGAAUGAGCCGCAAGGCGUUGGCCGACACUCCGAUCACCCCUCAGUCCUCGAUCGGACACAUCCUGCGUGCUCAGUUCGCCCUGCAGAACCAGCUGCCGGAGGACAAACCGAAGACGGUCGGAUUUAAUGGUUGGUAACUACAAUCCGUUUUUGUUCCCGUCACAACGUGAUUCGUUCUGUUCAGAGGCCGAAAACAUGCGUCUUUACGAGCUUUACUCGGCGCGCCGCGAAGAGUAUCAUUCGACGCGGCCGUCUGGGCAGCGGAACGAAGAGGUGCCGAUGGACAUUCUCGCGAAAGAGUGGGCGUUGGAGAUCACGGCGAUGGGCUAUGCGGAACGCACUCCGGCGCAGAUUAAGCAGAGGAUCAGGGAUAUGAGGUACAGUUGGAGCACACACACACACAAUCGUAAUAUACGAAAUAUCCAUUUCAGAAAGUUCUCGCGAAAGCACGCCCACAAGCUGGGCAUCACGAACAUCAACGGCGGACAGGAGAUAGAACGGUACGCGGAGUUCAGCUGGGCUGAGCCAAAACGCCGUUCCAGAGGGCCGGUGCCCGAUUGGAUGUCCGGAUUGGCGGAGAUUAUGAUGAACGAGCAGGACACGAAGAUCGACGACGCCGACUCGGCUUCCGACGUGAUGGAGGCGACGUACGGACCGAAGGCGAAGCGGCUCAAGUUGGCGAGAACGGAGAUGCAAUUGCAGCAGUUGCAGUUGCAUUUGGACAUGAAACAGAGGGAGUUGAAGCAGGAGAAGGAGCAAGAAGAACAGGAAGACGGUAGGGACAGGGACCGGCGGGAUGUGAGUCCCGAGACGUUGCUGGUCGAGAAGAAGCUGGCCUUGGCGGAUGCGAAACUGUUGACGGAACAGCUCAAACAACAGGUAAACUGAAAUACUUGUUCUAGAACACACUCAAAACACUUUUUUUUGUCCAGGCGCUGCGUCUGGAGAUAGCAAGUUACCAGCGUCAACUUCAACUGUACGAUGACCAGCAACAAGCGACAUUGGCCUCGGAAAUCGCUUCUUCGAGCAGUCCGAACGAGUUUCUCAACUUGAGACUCAACGGAUUCUUGAAAAGCGAGAGCCCCUCUUAA